UGAGUUGAGACGUCGCAGUCCUCCCUCCCUCCCGGCCUCAAUCCACCUCUUUCCCACUGCCUUACCAGCUCUUGGAUCUGGGAGGCCGGGAGUUCUGUCAAGGGUGCGUAGAACCUCAUUCCUUACUUCACCCUUGCAGAUAGAAGGAGGAAAGGAAGAUCAUACCGAAUCAUUCCUCGUGGGGUAGGGUACUAGGACAGUCUUCUUGCGGACGAAGUCGCUUCCUGCCUCCGGGGUAGUUGGUGAUCGUCGGUGUGGCAUGUAGAGGACGCGGAGGUAUCUAGUGAAGUCUUCGGUUUGUGGUUCUUGGGUGGGGUGCUCAUGAGUUCGAGUUCCGUCUGUACAGGUGAACACGGGCUUCCACCUCUAUGCUUUUUCGUCGCCGAUGUCCAUUGUUUUGCAGGCAUCGUCUCGGCCAGCUCUCUGACAAGCGAGCUCUCGCCCGGCCCCGAGCACCAACGCGCAGGCGGUGCUCGAGCGCGUGACAUCGCCUCGAAAGCGACGGGAGGACUCACGUCGCACCCAUGAAACGGACCACCUCCACCUCGACUUAUGACGUACCGGACUACAAGCCUCCUGUGGCCAAGGAGCACAAGGUGCCGGUGUCCAAAGCUCCUGCGGAGGCCAAUAAAGCUUGGGUGGCCGAUCCGGUAGCGCCGAGCGCACGGCUCGAAGACGACGGGCGGCGCAAGGCGCCGGAGAUGAAGUUCCUGUACCUCGUGAGCGGAUGCAUGACGGUGUUGGUAAUAUGGGGCAUUGUUCGAGAAGUGAGCUACAGGUUUCCUCUCGUGCUUUACGGGGGAGGGGGAGGCAGCCUCAGCGUCCAGGAUCCGCCACCGGAGAAUAAGCCGACGGUGCAGGUGACCGCGGCCAAUGUGGCCACAAUCACCUUCAAGGACGAUCCCAUCACCAGUCGCGCGGGCCGCAAGGAUGCGCGGCGCUUCCUGGAGAAGUACCCAUACAGCCUCGGGUCGAAGAUUUCCGACUGGGACAAGCAACGGCAGGACUUCGCCGAGGACUCCGCUGUCACAGGCCUUCCGAAAAAGUCCGGGAUCUUCCUGGUGUCUGGCCAGCAGCCCACGUCGUGCUCCAAUGCCAUGGGCGACCACUACUACCUCAAGUUUCUCAAGAAUCGCGUCGACUACUGCCGCCUGCACGGCAUUCGGAAUCACCUCUACAACAUGGCCGACAUCGACGAGGGCGUGAACCGCGUGUGGGCCAAGCUGCCCGUCCUCAGGACCCUCAUGCUCGAGCAUCCGGACGUCGAGUGGUUUUUGUGGAUUGACAGCGAUGCGCUCAUCACUAAUAUGAAUUACGAGGUGCCCCUGCGCCGGUACAAGAACCACAAUUUUGUGAUCCACGGCAUCAAGGAUCUGGUUUACGGGAAGAAGCAGUGGUCGGGGGUCACCACCGGAGCCUUCCUGAUCAGGAAUUGCCAGUGGUCGCUGGACUUUUUGGAAGCGUGGGCGGUCAUGGCCGACAAGAAGUACGAGGAGAAGUGGGGCACUUUUCUUUCGGAUCAUUUGACGGAGAGGCCUCGCAACCAACCGGCCGAGGAUCAGUCUGCUGCCGUCUACACUCUGGCCAACGAACCCACCAAGUGGUCCAGCAAGGUGUACUUGGAGAAAGCCGACGACAUGUCCCGAUUUUGGAAACAGGUUGAUUUCAGCAAGCUGAGAGACGACCCCUCGCUGCCCAAAGCCUUCGUCACCCACUUCGCGGGAUGCCAAUCGUGCACGGGCGGAGCUACUAAUGCCUCCAUAGCCGUUUGCCAAGCGGGUAUGGAGAAGGCGUUCAAUUUUGCCGACAAUCAGGUGUUGGCGCGAUAUGGCUACCUGCACAGCGACCUCACAUCGUACGCCGUGAAGCCGCUGCCCACCGAGGAGAAGAAGCAGUAGAGAGAGUUCGCCCGCCCACCAGAGCAUCCGCUCUCGAGAAUCAGCGGUCAGACUGCGAACCAGACAAGUUGUGCUACUCGCAUCAGCAGCGGUUUGCAGCAUCUGGCAUUGUAAUUUUGCUUUGUGGGUCUUUCAAGUGCUCCAUACAAAGCGGAUUGUGUCACAACACACUCGUCGGCCACGGUGAUAUGUGAACUGGAGAUUCCAGGAUUUAAAAGGGCAACAGCCAUCAAGGAAAUCGAUAAGGAGCCCUUCUCCGAGUACUGGUAGCAAUGCUUUGGUGUCUACUUCGGUGGAAGUGAGGGUUUAUUGAGUUACUCUGCUGCAGGGCAAUUACCGUAUCUACGAAGCUUAAGCUGUGGCCCGGUCACAAGUUAUUAGCUCUCAUUAGCUUUCUCGCUCUCUUCCCAUUCGUUUCCGCAAGCCUUGAAGGACCCCGCCCGCGAGGUAGGCCAUGUACUUUUAUAAACCGGCCUACCAGAGAAACCUUACUUGUACUAUCUAGGAAGUAAAGCAUCGAAUUUUAAUUCUUGGUCUUUCGCUAUGUCAUCUGGACUUGGCCCGCAUGACGGAAGUGUCUGGACACGAUGCCGCUAGCCCCCAGUUGGUAUGGCUGUCGCUGCCCCUGCGGACUCUAGGACCGACCCGCAGUCUUUGCACGCGCGAAUCGGCUGCUUGUACACACCCCCAUAAGUCGUCUCGGUCAGUGCUCGUAGAAAUUUCCGCCCCUUUGUGUAAGCUCCAGUCCUCCCGGAACGCUAAUAACACACUGACUCCUCUUACGCAACCGGGAUGGCCAUUCUUUUAUACAUUCAAAGAUUUUGCAGC